AUGGGGAAGAUUGACUUAUCGCCACUACUUCACAACAUUCUUGUGUUUGUGAGGAAGUUUGCCUCCAAGAUAACUGUAACAAACACAAGCAUAUGUUCUAGAUCUAUUUUUGUUGAAAUGCCGAAGUUCUGUGAUUGCAGCUUUACAGUCAGAGUCAAGGACUUCAUAGCAAUGUUGAAGCAAACACAGGAAUUUACAGUAGAAGAGAAGGAAUUAAGAUAUAGCUACGAGGCAAGCAUGGAAGGAAGCCUUGUUAAUGUAGAAAGAAGAAUUAAAAGAUAUGAAGAAGAGUAUCAGAUUGCCGGAGGUGUUCCAUUACUUAGCAUUGCAAUAAAUGGGCUCAAGGUUUUGAGUUCUGAGGAGAUUGAAAUAAAAGCAGGAAAAGAUGGAAAUUUUGUGAUGGAAUCCUUUGGAGUAGUUAGAACAAGAUCAAAGUAUUCCGGACUCCGCGUUCCCGAGUCUACGGUCGAUUCGGUGACUGUAAAGGUAAGGGGUAGGGAUCUACGCAUUCUGGAGGAGCUUAAAGGAGAUGUCAUCUUUUCUUUUUUGGAUUCGCAUAUACUGGCAUACUCAUUGGGAGACAACUUCACCAUUGUAAUUCAAAUAAGUAUUCUCAACACAUGA